CGGCCCCCGUGGUCGUCAGUCGCGAGCGGCGUGCGCGCGCGCCUGGCCGUCCUUGGUCCCACCGGGGCGCGUGCGGCAGAUUUUUUUGUUUGUUUCAAAACGAAGCGCCCCCCCCCCCCUCGCUUACACCCACCACCAGACAAACAAACAAUAAACAACAAUUACGACCGAUUUUUGCACGGAAGGGACCGAGGCGAGAGAACGUUGCAAAAAACAAUUGCCGCUGCUGAAAAGAUAAAUAGGAAUUUGAAACGGCGUUUACCAAAAUCGCGAGGAGAACAAUUGCAGCGGCGACGCCGCGAGUGAAGAAGGCGCUUUGUGUUGAAAUCUGCACGCGGUUGCGGGAAGGGGGGGGGGCAGACGACGACUCCGUUAAGCCACAAAGCUGCCGUCGCUACUACUACUGCUACUGCCGUUCGAGGGUGGUCCCUGGUGCCGCUGUUGCUCCUUGCUGCUGGUUCCUCCGCGGACCAUGAUGUCGCAGGGCCCCCAGAGGACACGCCGAGGCGGCGUGGUGGCCCCAGCCGGUGGCUCCUGCUCGCCCACCCCGCCAGGCGCGGGAGGCCCGAGCCGGCCGCAGCCGCUGCGAGCCACGGUGCCCUUCCAGCUGAAGCACGGCUCGCCGACCCGCGGCACCGCGCACCCCUCCUCGACGGCGCCCGCUGCGUCGUCGUCGUCGUCCUCCGCCUCCUCGCCCGCAGCUUCGGCUCCGUCCCCGGCUCAGCCCCAGCCUCCUCCGUCCCCCGCACUGUCUCCGGCUGCCUCCGUGGCGGCGGCGGCGUCGCCGACCCCCCCCUCAGGGUCGGCUUCCUUGGCGUGGGGGGCCGCCGAGCAUGGGCGGCUGAGGCCCCGGCGUUCGCCAGAGCACAGGGACUCCCCCGAGAGGCGCAGUCCCAGCUCUCCCGUGUGUAAAGUUGAAAAAAACAAGUUUCAGCACACGCCUUCGCACAUUCGACGUACAUCCUCACUGGACACCAUCACAGGUCCCUACCUCACAGGACAGUGGCCACGUGAGCUGCCUGGAAGGGGGUCCCCUUGCAUGCGCGACAAGUCCACACAGACUCCAAGUUCUUGGACGAAAGAUUCUUCUGAGAAGAAAAAAGGCUCGCACAAACGUUCUGCAUCUUGGGGAACCUCAGACCAAUUAAAAGAGAUUGCUAAGCUCCGACAGCAUCUCCAAAGAAGCAAAAAGAGCAGCAAGCACCAGCGAGACAAGGAGAGGCAUUCACCCCUGCAUGGAAAUCAUGCAGCCAUCCACCCAGCACAGGUAUCUAUUUCAAGGGCCAUUCCAAUCCCAGUGACGAGCAUUGCCUACGCCCGCACUUCUCUGCCACGGAUGAAGAACAGUGUAGAAGGAGUCAACCAGGAGAUCGAGCGCAUGUUCAUCAGUGAAGACAGAGAUAAAGAUGACGUUCUCAGGCCGUGCGAAAGCGAAGAUGGGCGCCGCGCCCCCGUGCCGAGCCAGCAGCGCAGCGUGGACACGCAGACGCCCUCAGGGCCGCAGUGCAGCCGCGAGAGCAGCAGCAGCAGUAGCACGAGCAGCACGAGCAGCAGCAGCAGCAGCAGCAGCGAGAGCCGCUCACACUCCGUGUCUCCAAAUGUUUCCGUGGCCACCGCCGCCGCUGCCGCCGAUAACAAUAACUACAGCCCCUGCUGCACCGACGAGCUGCUGGCACAGUGCAAAGAAAAAGAAAAUGGUGACAGCUCUCCACUCCCUAAGUACGCCACAUCGCCCAAACCCAACAACAGCUACAUGUUUAAACGGGAGCCACCCGAGGGCUGCGAGAAAGUCAAAGUCUUUGAAGAAACUUUACCCAAACAACUUGGUGAGAUUCCAACGUUUUACGGCCCAGAUAAAAACAAGGUGAACUUCAUACCGAAGAGGAGCUCUGCAUUUUGCCCCGUCAGCAUUAUGAAACCACUACUCUUCACCCCAGAACUGGCCAUAAAAGGUUUCCCUGGUUUAGGACCCAUGCCUAUCACAGGGGGUUCAGCCACAAUGGUGGUGGUGGCCCAUGCCGCGUCCCAGGCCAUGCUGACGACGGCACAGCUCCUGGAGGAGGGCAGCUUCAGCAGCACCAACAGCAACCUCAAUGCAAAUGGGCUAAACAGCAGGGUGGUAAGCCCUGCCAGCCAAACGACGACGAUGCCGCAGCAGCAACAGCAGUGUGGCUCCUCACUCGCCGUCCCAGGAACCACGCUUGUCUGACUGCGGAGCUGGUCUCCGCACAAGCACCUUAGCAGCCGUGCUGGCGCACACACACACACACACACCCACACACACACACCCACACACACACACACCCACACACACACACCCACACACACACACUCCCCUUAUAGGCAUUACUUGUAACUUGUCUCAGAGCUCUCGGCCACUGCAAACAUGCACAAUAUAAUGAACUUUCUUAACUGGAAAAUUUAUAACAUAGGCUGCCGCGCAGUAUGGUAAAUGCCGUGUAAUUUCUUUUUUUGCUAAGCAAUUGCACAAUAUGUGUGCUUCAGUUCCAUUGUAAACCAAUAUACUGGUUUUUAUUUGUGUCUCAUUGCGUUUUGGGUUAAAAGGUUGAGAUUAACUUUUCACAGUUGGUAUGGUUUUCCAAGAAAGAACUACCCAAAGUUACAUGUGAAUAGGUCAAACAAUGUAAUGUUGUGAAAGUACAGUGUGUUUUACCUAACGUAAUGCAGUCUCAGUAGUUUCUUCAGACCCUUGGCUGAGCCCAACUGGCGAUAUACUAAUUGUUGUAACUCAGGUAACUUUCACUGAAAGCGUGUUUGCAGUGGGUAUUAAGGACAGAGCAAUAAAGCAAGCUAAACAAAAAUGUUAAGAAAAGAGUAGUUAAAGUUGAAUUAGCAAAUGGUGAUGAGGAAGUGCUGCAGGAUGAACAGUCAGGUGUUCCCACGUUGCCUUUCAUUAAUACAUUUGUUUUAUAAGAUGCUCCCAGUGAGGACUCCAAUGGAAUUGAUCUACAGUGGCUAAAAAGACUUGGAGGAAGAGAAAUCUACUGUGUGAUGUAUAACAUCAGUCUAGUGAUUCAUGCUUAGACACUGGUAUUAUAAUGCUAUUUCCUGCCAUUGUGUUAUUGCGUGUUAAAAAAUGUGUGUUUUAGUAUUAAACUGUUUAGUGGUUUCCAAAUGUACAACAUUCCAUGUUAAAGGAUAAAAAACAUUCCUUGUUGGUUGUUUGCAAAAAAAGAAAGAAAAAUACAAAAAAUAAAAAUUCACAAAACACCAGUUUUUAAAGACCUUUACUCUACAAAACUUUCCUUGUAUAAUCAUCCAGAUCUUUACAAAAUGCUCUUUCUAUAUGCGUUUGAAUGCUGUUUGUUGUAUUUUUCUGAAAUGAAAUAUCUAUUUUAUAACGUUAUGAAAUCAUUCCUUGCUUCAUACACACGUAUUGCAGGCCACAGCUUUAGUAUUUGCUCUGUUUCCGUCAUGGUUAUGUGCCUGUUAAAUGUGUUAGGUUUUGUUUCUCUUUCCCUGUUCCAUUUUUUUCAUUUAUCAGUUUACUUUAUCAGAGCAUGCUCUUUCCGAUUGCUUAGGGCUGUAUUUAUGGAUUUUAUUUAUGGCAGGUAGUUCAAGUAAAACCAACUUGAUGUAUCCUGAAAAGGCAUUUCAUGACUUGUGGGUGAUGAUUAGAUGGAACCCUUUGAACGUUGCAAACUGGUUAUGGAUUUGAAAGUAAACAAUAAAAGUGUUAUGAAAUGUUUUGACAAA